UCUCUCCUUCUCCCUCUCCCUUUCCCUCUCCCUCUUCCUUGCCUUCUCGCCUGUCUCUCCCGCUGUCUCUGUCUCCCCGUGAUUCGCUAUGCCACUUCGGGCCGCGACGUUUUCACGGGCAAUCCGUGAGUGACAGCUGCCAGUGGCCAACGCGAUGCGUGCGUGCCUCUCGUAGAGGACUGACAACGGCAAAUACCGGCUGUACGUGCGUGACAGCCUGCGUGCGUGCGUGCGUGAAUUACGCGGGUAAUACGUUCGAGACGAAACCGUUCGUUUCGCGCCCUCGCACUUCGUGUGUUUAUCAAUUGAUACGGGCGAAAGUGUGUGUCUACUCUCCCCUUCCCCCCCCCCCUCCUCGGAUCCUGGAGGAACGUGAAAUUGGCAAUCGCCGUGAGGACUGUUUCCUUUCUGUUUCUCCGGAGGACGUUCAAGUUCCGAUUGCAACUUUGGACCGUUACUACUGCUGCGAUUUGAUUUGUGGGUCAGGUCAUGGUAAGCGGCGGCAUGGCCGGGCAGCACUACUGCCUGCGCUGGAACAACUACCAGUCGAACAUGACGUCGGUGUUCCACCAGCUCCUGCAGAACGAGGCGUUCGUCGACGUCACCCUGGCAUGCAACGAGGCCUCAUUAAAGGCGCACAAGGUAGUACUGUCGGCAUGCAGCUCCUACUUUCAAAACCUCCUGCUGUCAAAUCCCUGCAAACACCCGACGAUCAUCAUGCCGCAAGAUGUGUGCUUCAACGACUUGAAGUUCAUCAUCGAGUUUGUCUACCGUGGCGAGAUCGACGUCUCACAAGCGGAGCUGCAGUCGCUCUUGAAGACGGCUGACCAGCUGAAGAUCAAGGGCCUGUGCGAGGUGCCGGAGAACAGAGACGGUCCGCCGCCUGUGAGUUUGAGCUCGCCGCCGAGAGAUUCCGGCACCCCGAGGUUGAACUACACGAAGCUGAAGAAACACCAUCAGCGGUACAAACGGCCCAGAAUCGAGCGGCCGGCGUUCGAGCCGCGUGCGACCGAUCCGAGGCACUACGAGCGCUACAAAGAGGAAGAGGCCAACAGCGAUUACAGCCGCGAUAACAAAGAGAACCAUCGGGACUGGCAGGCCGAAGAUGAAGAGUGCACGGAGACAGCAACAGCAGCAGUAGCAUUGGAAACUUGUCAGCGUAGCAAUAAUAACAAUAACAACAACAACGGUAACGGCGCGAAUAAUAACAACAACAACGGUGACAUGUUCUGUCACACAGGGCUAGGUCACUAUGGCCAUCAUCCGGAUCCCGGAGAGGUCGAUUUGCCCCCCGAGACUCAACCCACCCCGCCCAGUGCCACCUUGGUCGGCACCACUAUCACCCACCUGAGGGAUUCCGAUCAUCAUUCUACAGAAAUUCAGAAUUGCGACAGUGUGAAAAUCAAAUUCGAGACGCUGCACACAAUGGACUCCUCGGACACGAUCGACAUAGACAGCCACAUGUCGGAUCGGGCGAGCGUGAGCUCGAAGAACGCCGCCGACAGCGACAACAUGAUGAUGAUAACGCCGGAGCUGCUCGGACUGAUGCCGUCGGGAAGCUCCGGCCACUCGGACUCCGGCGAGAACAACUCGCGGGGUCACAGCGGCCAGCCUAGCUCUCAUCAUCACGGCUCGAAGUCGUGGACGCAGGAGGACAUGGACGCGGCUUUGGACGCGUUGAGGAAUCACGACAUGAGCCUGACGAAAGCCUCAGCAACGUUCGGCAUACCUUCGACGACACUGUGGCAAAGGGCGCAUCGACUAGGCAUCGACACCCCGAAGAAGGAUGGCCCUACGAAGUCCUGGAGCGACGAGAGCUUGAACAACGCGUUGGAGGCGCUGCGUACCGGCACCAUCUCCGCCAAUAAAGCAUCCAAGGCAUUCGGCAUACCUUCGAGCACCUUGUACAAGAUCGCCAGGAGAGAAGGCAUCAGAUUGGCCGCACCGUUCAACGCGAGUCCAACGACGUGGACACCCGCUGACUUGGAUCGCGCUUUAGAAGCGAUAAGAUCUGGCCAAACGUCUGUGCAAAGAGCAUCGACGGAAUUCGGCAUUCCCACGGGUACUUUGUACGGAAGAUGCAAACGGGAGGGAAUCGAGCUUAGUAGAAGCAAUCCAACACCAUGGAGCGAAGACGCUAUGACAGAAGCUCUCGAAGCCGUUAGAUUAGGGCACAUGAGCAUCAAUCAAGCGGCAAUCCAUUAUAAUCUACCGUAUUCGUCACUGUACGGUCGUUUCAAACGAGGCAAAUACGAGGAGCCGGUCGUCGGCGACAUUUCGCAAGACGGCAGCAGUCCACAUUUCCAUCAGAGUCCCAAUCAGAAUCACUCCGCCCUUCCGGAUCAAAUGCCUUACCCGGGCAGCUGAAACUUACCUCUUUACUAGAGUAUUAAGUUAGCUUAAGCUCCGAACUUUUCGAUUCGUCGCUCCUUUAAGCAGCAACUCUUCGGGAAAUAUGCGCGAGAGGAAUUCUAAGAAACUAAAAGUCGAUCGGAGAAAUGCCAUUACAAAAAUACACACACACAACGUAACAACGGAGAGGCAAAAGGUUUACCCGCAGUAUUAAAGGCGGAUCGCCGUAAACGAGAAUUAUGUACAUUGUAUGAUUUUUUUAUGUCGAAAGAAAAGAAAGGUAGGUUAUAUUGUAAUAAUUUAUAAGAGUUAUUUAUAAAAAGAGCACUGUACAGAAACCGGGGGAGGAUGUCGCCCCCCAACGGAAACUACUUUUAGCACGUAAGUCACCUAACGGGUCGAUGGGCGAAGAUAGAUAUUAUAACGGACGACAGUAUCAGUUGAUUGAAAUCGCGCAAAAGAUAAGUAACGACCAUUCGUUUAGCCGUUAUCGAUCGACUGCGAUAAUUUCGAAAAUUUGCAGCGGCAGCUUUGCGGAAGUGCUUUCGAGACUUGAUUUUGCAUCUCUGUGAAAUUGAUCAUCUCGCACGCAUAAUUCUCGGAAUGAAGAAUGCUUUUUACGAUUUUGCUCGGCGAUCGUAAGCGUGUGAUUAACGCUGUCCAUAAAAUUUUAAUACGCAAUGACGCAAAAUGAUUCGUUGUAAUUGCAAAUGACUGAGGCGAUGAGGACACAAAAUUCAUUGCGUGUGAUUUAAAGAAAUCACGAAAGAUAUUUUCUCGGCGCUCACACUUCAUUCGGCGCGAAGAUUGCAGAUUUUAUUUAUUUACGUUGCAUGCAGUACCUUGAAAGUAGAACAAUUUACGUUUGUAAGAAGACAUUGGUUAUUAAUUUUGGCAGGAGAAGUUUUGCGACCAGCGCGUAUGCGCUAAUUAUUUGAAACGUUAUAUUCUGCACGAUAGACUGAUAGAGUGAAGACUAUUGAUUCUUGAGUCAUCGAGUUUUCUGUUUUCCUCGUAUUAUUGACAGAGAAACAAAAAUAUUGAGAGAAGUUUUUCACAUGAAAGGUAAAGCGGUAAAUAUUUACGAAUCGUAGAUAAAUACGGCUGUUACCAAGUUUCGUAGGAAAAUUUAAGAUUUCCCCCUCAGCUCAACUGCCACUCGUAUAAAUAUGUUACACACAUUAUUAAUUUAUCAUGCUCACACCUACUAUAUUACAUAAAAAUAUACAUAUAGAUAUACGCUACUUAUAAAUAUAUAUAUGUACAGUUUA